UUGCCCAAGCAGCGUUACUCGCGUGAUGGCGGUGAACCGCGCAGUUUGGUUGGUGUCUCGACUAACAUCAUCACGAGCAGCCUGUUGAAGGGAGCGGCCGAAACGUCCGGUAACCAUGUGUUCUCGCCGAUCGGUUUCUCCUCGAUACUGGCGAUGAUCAGCGAGGGCGCCGAAGGGCAGACACUGAAGGAGCUGUACGACGUCUUCAAGUUCCCCACGGAUCGGGAUUUAGUACGAAAAGCGUUUGACGGGUCGCUGAAACGUUUGAAUGGACAAAACCCAACGAACGAGCCGCAAUUCAAAACCUGGUUCUACAUCUACAAAAACAAUAGCGUAGUGCAAGCGUACAAGGACGUGCUGGAGCGCAACUACUUUGUGGAGGUGCGUGACAUCGAGCGGAAUGAUUAUAACUUUGACGAACCGAAAACGUCCCUCGACCCGGUGGUGGUCGAGGAAGAGAUCGUUGAGGAGAGUAACAACCCCGAAGGUGACAACCUAGUUGUGGAGCAGAGCGGCAAUAAUAGCAACAGCAAGGACAUUGUUGAUUUCGAAGUGUUAAAGAUUAAGUCGGCACUGCCGGUGGAAGACGAGCUGCGGACGGAUACGGGCAUCAACACGAAGUACGACGAGAUCGAGGAUGAGAAUCCAAAGUUUGACAAGAACAUCGACGACAAAGAGUACGUCGAUCCGACCAAAAUCAAGGAAGAGUUGGCCAAAAAGAAAAUGGAAGCCAUCAAUGAAGUUGCGGCUGGUACUGAGCUAGAUGAUGCGAAGAUCAUAAAGACCUCCGAAGAUCACCACGAUGAUGACCAGUCGGAAAAAUUGACUCUACCGUUGAAGAAGUUGAGCUUGGACGGUGAACAAGAGGUAAUGCAGGCGGUGGAAAGUCAGGGCUCGAGGAGAAAGUUCAACGUUAGACGAUCGUUCUUAACUGGUGACAUAGCGUCAGCUUUGAGUGGAAACUCGUUGGUCGGACGAAAGGCUAAUAUCAAGGCGGAUGAAGAGCAGGUUAACGAAUCAAAGAUGCUGCUAUUUAAUGGCCUGUACUACAGAGGAAGCUGGGCUACGCCAUUCCAGCAACUACGUACGGAGGAAAGCACAUUCUUUACCAACACGGAUGAAAGGCCUGUCAUGAUGAUGCGAUCGCAAGGAACGUUUGGCGUUGGAAAAGACGAACAGUUGGACGCUAAGUUCCUGGAACUGCCGUAUAAUAAUUCCCGCUAUUCUCUCCUACUGAUGGUGCCAAACAGCAAGGACGGUCUGAAGGAUCUCAUCAAGAACUUCAACCCCGAUACACUCAGCACCGUUCAGAAGUCUUUGGUAAAAAUGCCGGUACACAUCUGUAUUCCGAAGUUCCGCAUCGAUACGACAAGUCGUGCUGAGAAGCCACUAGCGAAGCUUGGGCUCAUCACCAUGUUUACCUCGAAGGCGGACCUGAGCGGCAUUACCACCGAACAGAAGAUCCACGUCGACGAGCUGGUGCAGCAUGUUUCAAUCCGUGUUGACGAGGGUUCCAGCAGCGAGAACGCACUGUCGGCCGCGAAUCUCGUCGAGUCGAAAACGCUCGAAGACGAUCAGGAACACUUUACCGCCGACAAGCCGUUCCUGUUCUUCGUGCGUGAUGUCGUCGACGAUAUCGUGAUCGUUGCUGGCAAGAUCACGGACAUACCGUACGUCGAGUAG